AUGCCGUCACCUCCACCAACACGAGUGAUCCUUCUGGGGGCGCACCAUCCUCAUUUUUAUAUUCGCGCCAACAUCCUCCAAGGACGAGGAGACACACAGAUCGUUGGAUUCUGGGAAGAAGAUAGCGUGCUCGCCAGGAAGCUCGCCGAGCAACUCCCCAUCCGGCGGUUUGAGUCCGAACAUGAGCUCGUCAAGCAAGAGUUCGACAUCGCUUUCGUGCACCCUCUGGACCACGACAACCCCCGGCUCGCGCUCCUCGCGGCAUCUCACGGCGCCAAGGGGCUCCUUCUCGAGAAGCCAGGGGCGACGCACCCGUCACACCUCUUCUCGCUGGUCGAGUCACUGAAGGCCUACCCGGACCUGGUCGUGGAAUGGGGCUGGGAAAUGCACUACGCCGAGGCGAUGGACUUUGUGCGCGACAUCGUCCGCACGGGGGCGCUGGGGCAAAUCACCACGUCGCACUGGCACGGCGGCACGCCCUCGGGCGGCGGCAUGGAGAUCUGGCAGCGGCAGAAGGACACGCUGGGAGGGUUCCUGUACAUGGACGGCAGCCACACGCUCGAGGCCAUCGUGGAUGUGUUCGGGCUGCCCCGAAGCGUGUCGGCGAGCGUUCGCAAACUUGUAGCCCGCGCGAGCGACAGCGACAGCGGCCCUGAGACGCACCCGAUCGUCAGCUGCUGGUACGACAUGCACACGGGCGAACUGGACCCGACCACGACGCGGUUCGCCGUCGGCGAGAUGCCGUACGAGGACAUUGCCAGCGUCAUCCUCGAGUACGACUCGCACAACGUCGUGGCCGACUUCACGGCCUGGGAGCCCACGGACUGGUGCGCCGACUGGGGCAUCAACGUCUACGGCACCAACGGCGCGGUUCACGGCGUCCUGAACCCGCCCAAGUGCGAGGUCACGUUGCGGGACGCCCGAGCCGGGUACGGCGAGGGUGUGACCAGGAUGGCCACGGAGAAGCCCCAGGGCGUCUCGAAUCAGCUUGGCUAUUACACCAGGCAGAUCGACUUAUUUUUUGACCGUGUGGUCAAGGGCGUCGAGACGGAAUCUGCCGGCGUGGACAUCCAGGUGAAGCUCAUGAAGGUGCUGGACGCCAUUUACAAGUCUGCCAAAGAAAGACGAUUCGUGGAUAUUGUGUAG